AUGUUCAGUUCCGAGCAGCCUAAAAAUGAAAAUGAAUGUAAUUACAGUGACCUUAAGCCAAUUAAAGUAUUUGAAUACCUAGAUCAAGCAUCAAAAACUAUUUGGGGCGUCAACUCAAAUAAUAUUUUACAAAUAUCUUCACAAAUUAUCGAAUUAAUUACAACCCACAAAAUACAUUUCAAAAGUGCGCUUUAUUUGAUUGAUAUUUUUUCACAAAUUCGUUUUAGAGAAAUUAAAUUAUUUUCAGAACUUUAUCAAGAGGUAUCAAACAGAUUUCCAGGCAUUAUCAAGCCGGAAAAUGAGAAAUUGGCGGCGCUUCUACAUUACAAAGGUUUCAAAUUUGAAAAUUUCGAACCUGAAAUGAAAGAAGAAGAAAUUCUGAAUUUAUAUUCAACAGAAUCACCUUUAUACUAUAUUGCAUGGGAUAAAAUUGAUGAUCUUAAGAGUAAAUUCCCAAAUCUUGAUAUUAAUGAGGAGAUUAAUUAUAUCACUCCACUUGAUUGUGCAAUUAAAUGUGGAUCAGAAUUGUGUUUCAAUUACUUGAAAAAUUUAGGAGCUUAUUAUACUAAAAAAUCCGAAGAAUAUGCCAUUCAAGGUGGAAAUAAAGAGAUUUUUAUGGAAAUGAUAGAAGAUGGUAAAUCAUUUGAUGACAUGAUUAAUACAGCAUUGGAUUCUCAUAACUAUGAAAUUGCUGACUACCUUAAAUCAAAUUUUGGACAAACUUUUGAUUCAAUAGCAGAAAGUAUGCAUUUCGGAAAUUAUGAUGUUGCGUCUUAUUUACUUUCUAAUGGAGAAGAUAUCAACGAUAUUUAUAAUCUCUUUCUCUUCAUAUUUAUCAUUUUUUUAUUGGAUUCUCUUUCUUUUUAUAUUUAUCAAUGA